GUAAUGAAUCUACCUGAUAAUUUUACCUUCUUGAAUAAACCUUUUCUAUGGUUAUGCGCAUAUGUAGGGCGAAAAACUUGCAGUAAAAGGUCGCUUGUGCUGCAGUUGGACUCCCUGUGACUGCUGCCAUGUGGGAAAUAAGUGAACUCUCUGACCCCCGCACGUGUCUGCCCGCCACCUGACGUCACACUGUUCCAAGCAGGAGCGCAAAAACACCGGGAAGCGCUCGCGCCAGGCUUUGCGCCACACGGCCGCUGCGCGACCUUCGCAGCCCCGUCUUUUAAACAUCAACCCGGACGGUGGAAGGAAAAUGCGCCUGAACGUGAACUUCCUCUUUUCCCUCCGUUUAAAAACAGUACCGUGUCCCUUUAAAAGCGUCUGACAAAAAGCCCAUAUGAUCCCCGAGCUCCAAUCACCAAUUCCUUCUGCAAAAGCAGUCUCUGCAUUUUUGACUGUCUGAACGCCACAGCUACGCUCUUGAGGGGGGGAAAGACACAGAGAAAAGGGCAAAAAAAGAAAAAAAAACUGCAGAAAUGUGACAAUCCAACGGUCGUUUUCAUGGCGAGGGGGAAACCGCAGCGAAAGGAGUUAUUCUGGGACUCCUUGGAGCCUCGAAGCGCUGGAUCAAAAUGCUCAUAGUGGAGAAGACCACAGACUUCCCCUCUGCUGAGUUCUCUCUGGUGGAGGAUGUGGCUCUGCACUUCACCUGUUUGAUGGACAGGCUGAAUGAGCAGCGCCUCUUCCAGCCUGACCUCUGUGACGUGGACAUCGUGUUGGUGCGCCAGCGCAGCACCUUUCCUGCCCACAAGGGAGUGCUGGCGGCCUACAGCCCCUUCUUCCAUUCCCUUUUCGCCCAAAGCAAACAGCUGCGGCGCGUGGAUCUGUCCCUGGACGCCCUGACCUCUCAGGGCCUUCAGCAGAUCCUCAACUUCAUUUACACCUCCAAGCUGCUGGUGAGCAGCAGCACCGUCCGUGAUGUGUUGAACGCUGCCACCGUGCUUCAGAUGAGCGACAUCGCGGCGUCCUGUCGAGAUCUUCUCAGCAGCCACUCGCUGAGAGCCACCUGCAGAGAGAUGGCCAAUCAGGAAGGGUUCGACCCAGCCGAGAUGCCUCCCUGCCAGCUGUACCGGGAGAUCAAACAGGAGUCCGAGCUCGGCAGGGUCUACACGCGAGAAGGCAGCAGCCCGUUCUCCGUCAGAGUGGAGGAGGUGGGAAAGAUGGCUGCCCAGACAAAGCAGUACUAUCAGAAAGAGGAGGGACUGGGAGGCGGGGCCAGCACGGGUGUGGCCACUCUGUGUAAAGUGGAGGGCGGCGGAGAGGAGUCGAAACCAGCGGAUGGUCACACCUCCUUCAACAGAGAUCAGAUUAUUGUCGAAGUCAACCUCAACAACCAGACCCUGAACGUCUCGAAGGGAUCCGAUGGGAAAUCUUCCGCAAUCACAGAACCCAUGUUUGGCCGUUGUCGUGAAAACGAGAGAGACUCUGAGGGUGACGAGGACGAUGAGAUGGAGAAUGGUGACGGACGUGAAGAGGAGGGCGACGAAGAUCUAAAGAGGACAGACAUACUGGGGCAUACCAGUGGAGAGGAAGAUGAGGAGGAUGAGGAGGAGGAAGAGGAGGAGGAGGAGAACACCUUAAACAUUCCUGGACUGGAGCAGCCCGUCGUAAUGGAUCGACCUCGCCGGGGAACCAGAGCCUUAGCCGUGGUGGGCGCCACUGCCAUGCGUCAGACGCUCGCAGAGGCCACCCUGACCAACCAGCGACAGGGCGGGAAGAAGGCACUGGAUGCAGAGGGCCUAGGUCAGAAGGUCAGGCUGGAGGAGAAGCAACACUUCCCGUGUAAAAAAUGCCCUCGCAUCUUCAACAACCGCUGGUACCUGGAGAAGCACAUGAACGUCACGCACAACCGCAUGCAGAUCUGCAACAACUGUGGGAAGCGCUUCCUGUUGGAGAGUGAGCUGCUGCUGCACCAACAGACGGACUGUGAGCGGAGCAUCCAGUGUGUGACCUGUGGAAAGGCUUUCAAGAAGCUGUGGUCGCUGCACGAGCACAACAAGAUUGUCCACGGCUACGCGGAGAAGAAGUUCUCAUGCGAGAUCUGCGAGAAGAAAUUUUACACCAUGGCUCACGUCAGGAAGCACAUGGUCGCCCAUACGAAGGACAUGCCGUUUACCUGUGAGACGUGCGGAAAGUCGUUCAAGCGCAGCAUGUCCCUGAAGGUCCACUCUCUGCAGCACUCGGGAGAGAAACCCUUCAAGUGUGAGAGCUGCAGCGAGCGCUUCCAGUACAAAUACCAGCUGCGUUCACACAUGAGCAUCCACAUCGGACACAAGCAGUUCAUGUGUCAGUGGUGCGGAAAGGACUUCAACAUGAAGCAAUACUUUGACGAGCAUAUGAAGACGCACACUGGAGAGAAGCCGUACAUCUGUGAGAUCUGUGGGAAGAGCUUCACGAGUCGGCCCAACAUGAAGCGCCACCGCCGCACCCACACCGGAGAGAAGCCGUAUCCCUGCGAGGUGUGCGGUCAGCGCUUCCGCUUCUCCAACAUGCUCAAGGCCCACAGGGAGAAGUGCUUUCACGUCACCAACCCCAUGGUGGUCCCAAACUGCGGCGACCCCCUCGGCCUUGACCUGCCCCUCGUCUCUCCUGCCGCGAACUCUUCCGGUCCGGCGCAGCUGGGAACGCCGGCCUCCACCGCCACGCCCUCCGCCGCCUCCAGCCCACAGCUCCUCCACAGCACCCAGCUGUCUCUCUCCCUGCUGCACCCCAUGGGGGGGCUGGCUGCUGCCUCACAUUUACCCCCACCGCCUCCCUUGUUCUCUGCUGGUAGGAUGAACUCCAACAACUAACAAAAUUUCUGUAGCAUUUAAAGCACUUUGUUUGGCUUCUCCUUGUUUAAGAGCAGACUCGCAGCGGGAGAUUGACAUUUACACGGAAGACAAAACUGAAAAUAUAUACAAAAAAAAAGGCUAAACGUAGACCUCGUAACAGACUCUUUCAUCUGCAUAAAUAAGAAAUAGCUAUUUUUUACUCAGCUGAAUACAGUAUAUAUCCUCAAAGUCCUCUCCGACUUCUCCCAUAACUUUUACACCACACUUAUAAAUCCAGAGUUUUGCACAACAAAUAGAUUGUAACAUCCUUUACCAAAUAACUGUUACACAUGCUGAUAAAGGAUGAGAGUAAAAUAUGUUUUGUUCUCUGCCAGGAUGUAGCGACCAGUUCCAGUCUGACCCAGCAAUAACCAAACGCUCAUUUUGACUUUGAACAUGUACCUGUUUGUGACGUCACCAAUAACCAAACCCUGUAGCUCCCUUGCUAUGGAUAAGUAAUGUAAUAUAGCAUUUAUAAUCGAUCCUGCACCUUACAUUUGCCUCCUGUGACAUUUAAUAUGUACUCCUGUUUCUUUUUUGUUUUUUUUCCGGUUGUGGUUGGGUGAUUCAUGGCUUCAGUUUCAAAAGACAUUAGAGAGGCUACAAUGUGUGUAGUGGAGUGAGUGUGUGUUUUUUUUUUUUUGUUUGUUUGUUUUUGUCUGUGCUGGUGUGUUAGAGUGAUCUGUGAAGCAGAGACUGGAACUGAGAGUCUUCAAAACAACAAAUUCACACUUGAGCUUCCACAAAGUCAGCAGAAGAAGAUAUUCGCGACUCUUAUGUUUGGCUUCCAUUAACCAUCCCAACUCUCUUACAGGUCUGACUAUUUAUGUACCACUGUCUUGCAAAACCAUUCACUCCUCUUGAACCUUUUUUUUUUCUUUUACACAUUUUGUGUUGCAACCACAAAUUUUAAUAUAUGUUUUUCGCUUAUUUGAUACUUCCAACACAGAGUAGCGCGCAAGUCUGACGUAGAAGGAAAAUGAUGCAUGGAUUUUCUCGGUUUUCUUACUUUUACAAAAAGUGUGUUUCCUUACUGAAAGCCUUGCUCAGCCGCCUUUCACUGUGGUUUCCGCUGAAAGUCUUCUGGAGUUUGUCUUCAUCAGCUUUUCACCUCUAGAGACGGUAAUUUUGUUCAUUUUUCUUUGCAAAAAAGCUCAAAUUCAGUUGGAUUGGGAGGAGAGUGUCUGUUAACUUUACAUGGCUUCCUCUUUUCACUCUUCAAUGAGACCGUAUUUUUUGAGUGCAAGACUAUUAGUUCUGAGGUCGACAGAAUCUGCCACCUGAGUUGUGGCUCUCUGCAGCUCCUCCAGAGCCUUCACUCUUGGCUGCUUCUCUGAUUAAUGCUCUCAUCGCCUGGUCUGUCAGAUUAGUUGGAUGGUCGUGUCUCAGUAGAUUUGUAGAUGGUGGUUGUGAAAGCAAUUGGUUGCACUGGAUUUUAUUUAGAGGCAUCAGAGUGAAAGGACCCACAUAGAAAAACAUGCCACACUUUUCAAAUUUUUGCUUGUAAAAAAAAAAGAAAAAAAUCUGUUUUUGGUCUAUCUCUAUAAAUCAGCACUAAAAUAUGAUGCAGUUUGCUGCCAUGUUGUGACGAUUCAUGAUUAAGUUCAAUACAAGGCACGGUGUAUAUAUAGCCAGAGGUGUGAGACAAUGGGGCAUUUUUCUGUGACUGCUAAUAUACUAGGUCCAAAACCUCAUGUACUCAAACAGUAUAGCUGUACUUGUAUAUCAAAUUCUAAUGUUAUUGGUAAAGUUGAAUACUGUUCUUUCAGAAAGGAAAUUCAGAGAAGUUUGCUCGCAAAACUAAAUGUGUGCAUUUAAUCUGUAGAGGAUUUAACUCGUAUUGUAAAUGAUCAAAUCCAAGAAACAACAACCCAAAGCUUAAGUCUACUAAAUGACAAUAGCUGUAUAUAUUCUGUUAAACAAUCAUUUGUAGCUGCAAAUAAAAGUUAUUGACUUGCAGUACAAUACAUUAUUAAUAAAGUAAAGGAAUAGUUUUAAAGUAUAUAGAGAGGGUUUUUUGCUUCUUACUCAGUUUAAAUUAGAAAGUUGUCGCCACUCAAAGAAAUAUUGAUAAUUUUUCAUUCUUGAUGUUAACUGGUACAUCAUUUCUAAUUAAGCUCUUGUAUUCAUUUCCUACUACGGUAUUUAUAUAUGUUGGUGAAUGCCGAAUAAUCUCCAGUUCUAUUCAGUGCCUACAUCUGGAAGUUUCUCUGAGGCAAGAGAGUAAAUUUCUCCUGCACUAUGCUAGUUUGUUAGCUUCCCCGUGUUAAACAUGCUAACAUUUCUCAUCUAUGUGAUAUAUUGAAGGAGUCCUCUAAAAAUUUAAAUAUGGCCCGACCUUUUUCACAGUGUAGGAAAAACUCUAGUUCAGCCUCUUGCUUUCAAGAUUUAUUUUUGCAGUAAAGUUUUGGAAAAGCUCUUCCGAUUUCUGCGAAGGUUCAUUUCUGCAGUUUUUGAACCCAGAUUUUCCAUUCCAAAAACAAAUUUGUUCGUAAACUGAAUUAUGGACGGAACAGCAAUUACAUUACUUUAGUUGUUGACGAAUAAUUGUUUCCUAUCUUGGAAUAUAUUUUGGGGUUUCAUAAAAUGUGUUUAUGUGGGUCUAAAUAUGAGGAAAUGAAAGGCUUGGGGUGGAACAUCAAGUUUUGUCAUGUCUGUGAAGUUUGUGCGCUGUUGACGCGCUCUUGUUCUGAACAAUGCAAGUGUAUUAGGAUCAAAGGUGUGGAUUUCACUGUUCUGCUGCGUCAGGAUGGAGUAUGUUACUUUUGCUGUGACGUCACCCUGUCAGGGUUUUUUUUUUUUGUUAUUAUUUUUGUCUUAACCCCCUGAAGAAUCAGUUGUCCAGCUUGGGAUGAGCUGAAAGCUCUAAACAUAGCCUGAAGGUUUUCCAAGUUAUUAAAUAUAUGUAUAAAUAGGAUUAAGUAGUAAAAUUGUAUUCUGUUGAAGCCACUUUAAUCAUUCGGUACGCUAAAGUGAUUGAAUCUUCUGAGAUUGUAUAGAAUGUGAGAAUAACAAAGCAUGAGAUCAAGAGGCGUUAAUGUCCGACAGUUGCUGCAUAAUUGUGUAUGUGCAGCCAUUUUGAUUAUGUGCAAUAUUAACAUGUGGACUUUCAGAGUUGUGACACUAAAGCCCAAAAAUGUUUCAACAGGUCCCAAAAAAUUCAUCGCAGCUUGGAUCAGAGAUCAAAUCAUGCAUGCGUAUCAGAUGCUUAGACUAACAAAACCAGAGUGGUUUUUCUUUCUUUUUUUUUUUUUCCAUCUACAAUACCAGCUCCUCCUACGUCGAUAAAAUGCAAGCCUAUCUGAAGUUACAUAAAGGUGAAGCUAUAUGGAGCUUAGCCAAUUUUCACCUUUGCGUUAACAUUGAUGUGAGCUUUCCAUUUGCUUCAGUUAGCAGGUUUGAGUGGCAUUGAGCAAAUCAUAAGACUGAAAGCUUUAAGUGGAAAAAGAAUUGACCCCAUAAAAUUUCAGUGUCAUAAUUGGCAAGCGUCUGAGUUCAGUUAAUGCACUCCUACUCACUUUGUCUAUAUGCUGUAGAGCUGUAGUCUUAGUGUUGCUUUCCCCUGUAUAUAUUGUGCAGAUAUGGAUGUACAUGGUUUUUCUUUUUUUUUUUUUAUGUUUACACAGGGAGAGCUGAAUGUUUUCAGGUUGGUACGGCGGAAAGACAAUUUUAAAAAAUGUUUUCUGCCUGUUGUUUUUUUUUUUUUUUUUUUUUAAUUCAGAAACAAAACUGAGUCCUUUUGGUAAAAUAUCACAUCAGCCCAAGAUUUGUGUCUUUCAUAAGCCAACAUGAGGAAAUAAUAAUAACAUAUUUGGACAUUAUUUAAAUAAUGGUACUUUAAAAAAAAAUAUCUUCCUACAUACUCAUCCAUUUUUUUAUUUUUUUUAUUUUUGCAUUUUGAUUUGUUUAUUUCAUACUAGUCCAAGACUGCUUAGAGCUUCUAUAUUGUAAUUUAACUAAUUUAACUCAAUUAUAUUCUGGCUGUAAUAAAAUCCAGUUCAACCUUAGUGGACAAUUAGCUUGAAUUUUGCAAAAAGAAAAAGCAAAACAUCUAUCAGUUUAAAAGUUGAAAUGAACUUUUCUGUCUUUGAAGAAAAUUAGCUAAAACAAUUGUUUUCUUUUUCUUCUUAAAACUAAAUGUGUCCCUUAAAAUGUCUAUAUUCAUGUCGACUACCAAGCAUUCAGUAGGAAAAUAAAUUUUAUAAGCUUUAGAGUUAUACAUCUUAAUACGUACAGUGUCUUGUAAAAGUACCCAUAGUAUAUGGGCCUAUAUUUUAUUUUGUCAUGUUACAACCACAAGCUUUUUGUAUUUAAAUAGGAUUUUACUUUGGUAAUAGGUCGACAUGCAAGCCAAAAAGUUCAAAUUCAGUUACAACUGACUCGAGCAGCUUCCUUCAUGCUCACUGCCUUCAUGGCAUGUGACAAGUUGCAAACUGAGCUGUUUAUGGCUUUCUUUCAGCAAUGUUUUUUUUUUUUUCUUAUCAAACUGACGAAGUGCAUGACCUGUACUGUCAAUAGAUUCCUCAAGCUGAGAUGUCGAUCUCUGCAGCUUCACCAUGGUUACCAUGGGUGUCUUCUCUGAUUAAUACUUUAAUCACAGAAAAGCUUUAUCUAUAUUAAAGGUAAAACUGGUUGAACUGGAUUUUAUCUAGAGGUUUCAGAACAAAGGGGUCAGAUUGCAAAUACACACACCGCACCGUGACAUGAAAUCAAAAAUAAAGGUAUUGAGGUUUUUGGUUGUAACAUGACAAAAUGUGAAAAAAUAUUUGGAGUUUAUACAAAUGCGGAGCGGCAUUUUGUGGCCACUGACUGUCAAGUACUGCUUCUCUGUUGUUGCUGUUUAUUACAUCACAAUCUGUCUGCAGACUUUACUAAGAUCUUCUGAAAGCUGAGAACAUUCUCUCAUUUCUGCUAUAGAUGCGCAAUCUAUCGCAAGAGUCGUCACUGACGUACUGUGUGUGUGUUUGCCUUACAAAUGGUGGGAUUUCCACAUUUUUUUUUUUGUGUUAAGCAUAGUAACUAUACCUGACGGAUACAUUGUACUGAACACUACUGAUUUAUGCACUUUGAAUUCCUUUGCCACACUUUGCCAACAAAGGGGGCAUGUAUGUAGACACAGGGUGAAAACAAGUUGCAGAAAUUUGUAAAGAUGGAAAUAAAUACAUCCUUUGCAUUUUUUUAAGUGUAGAUAAUUUUGAUUUCUAAAUGCACAAAGGAUAAAUUGACACGAAUGAGUAUUAAAGCCUCAAAAGUCACAGAAAAUUGUAUGUCACAUGUUGGAGUGUUUCAGACGAGUUUAAGUCUAGUUUUUUUGUGAUGUUGCCAUCCAAGCAAGGUAAAAAGUAAGAAGAGUUCAGUUCAGUUAAGAUGGUUGGUUAGUUUAUUUUUUAUUAUCAAUGGAAAAUAACCUGAUGCAAUUUACCUUAAGAUUUUUUUUUUUAAAAGCCUAAACAUGAGUUUAUUUUUAUGUAAGUUGCCUAAUUGAGUAAUGGGAAUUAUAUUAAUUCUAACAGCACUUUAUUAUUUUCUUCUUCAGCUCCAUAGAGUUUUAAAGCUGACAUAGUAGCACUUAUUCCACAUAAAACAGCCGAUACAGUGCAUGUGCACACAUGCAUGUCUUUAUACCAAAAGAUUAUAGGAAAUAAGAAAAAAAUCUUCUUGAAUUAAAUGUGUCCUUGGCAGGUUCCUCAGACACAGAAUUUUAACAAAACUGGUUUUGAAGUACAUCCCUGCAAUACUUACUUGGAAUGGGAUCAAGAAAUGAGAUUGGAGUCAUUAAAAACCUCUUGAAAUAAUAUAAAUCCAUCAAACUGCAUUCUAUCUUUCAUGUUGGAAGUGAAUGACAUAAUGUGACAGCAGUUUUAUGGCCUCGUUGGAAAAUGUGUUGGGGAAAACUGUGGAGAAAGGCUAAAAUGUAUUUUUUUUAUUAUUAUUUUAAUCUCAUCCAGGACAGAGUGAGCAAAUCAUAUUGCUGUAGACGACAACAUUUGUUGGUUAUUUUUAUUUCUUAAUUUAAGAAGCUACUCUUCCCUAAAUGUCAUUGUGACAUUUAGGGAAGAGUAUCUGUUAAAAAUUGAAGUAAUCAUUUAAGCAAUUCUACCUGUUCCUUAUUCUCUACUUGUAACUUAUGCAGAAUAUAUCCAAAGUAUGAAGGAAAACGAAAAUGUUUCAUAUUUUAGAUUAAAAAAAAAAAAAUUAAGUUAUCACCUUUCGCUUUGAUGACUUUUUUUCCACAGUGCAAUUUCUCAAUUCAUUAGGUUUUUCUCCUGAAUUGGUUUUAAUCCAAUUACAUCAGAAAUCACUCAACUAAGUAAAGCGAAAGUAUUGUCCAUCGUUACUUGAAGAUGUGAACGGCAGAAAACCCGAAAAAUUUCAAGUAUUGUUGCAAAGACCAUCAAACGCUGAUAAAACUUGUUCUCAAAAGGAAUCCCUGUGAGGAAUGGAAGACCAAUAGUUGCCUUAAUCCAAGGGUUGAUUUCUAUAUGCAUGGUUCACACUGUAAACCAUUGUGGUGGAGGAGAUACUAUGAUGGUUGGGGGUGGCUUUACUGAUGAGAUUGCUGGUAAUUUAUUUAAAAUCCAAAAGCACACGUAGCCAGAUUUAUUAGAAUCCCAUUCUAUCCCAUCUGGUUUCUGUUGAGUUGGACCAUUGCUAGUUUUUCAAAGAAAAGAAGAAAGACCCAAAGACACCUCCAGCCAAUAUAAGGGCUAUUCUGGGUUCCCAGUCUGAAGUACAGAAUUGGAUUCCAAUAUUUGGCAACAGCAAAUAUGGCUGCUAAAGACUGAGAAAUCUGAAAAGUUGAGUCUGGACAAGUCUGAAAUUGUCUCAUAGAGCCUCACCCACAAACAGAGGGAUUGAGUCCAGGUACUUUGAUAAUAAGUUACUAACAAAUGAAUAUAUAUUAAAAUCAAAGCUGAAAGCCAAUAAGAUCUCAGCACCUUCAGAAACAUCCCCAAAACUGUUGGAAAAUCAUCCCAGGUACCUCAGGAAGCUGAUUAAGAAAACACCAAACGUGUGCAAACUGGUCAUCAAAAUCUAAAAUAGAAAACACUUUUUUUAUUAUACAGUUUUUCCUUCAUAAUUUGGAUGUUUUCUGUAUUAAUCCACAAUGUAAAAAAAAAAAAAAGUGAGGAAGAACUCUGAAAUUUGAAGAUUUUGCUGGCUUGUAUAUUACCUAUAGAGAUCUACUAUUCUGCUGGUUUUAGAUUCAACCUUUGUCCAACACACAUGAAUCAAAUGAAUGGCUCAUUACCAGGUCAUUGCCAAACGUGAUGACAUGCUUAAGAGGUAAUUUAAGAAUUUGAUGUAGGUGUUUGAGCAGGGUUGCAUCUAAAAAAUACACGAUGGUCGAUCUCAAGGACUAGGGCUGGAAACCCCGUCCCCCGAGCCAUCAAAUAUGGAAAAGAAAUCAAAGAAAUACUUCUUGCUCUUUUACUGUUUGUUCUUUUUAGUGGUUCAACAUUAGCUCAACACAACCUGCGACAUAAAUACAUCAUCGAACUUGGUGUUGUUGCAGUUUACUUUUGACAUUUCUCUCACAAGAGCAUUAAAAGUAAACACAAAUACCAAAAUGUUUAGGAAAUUAUGCAACUGUUGCAUCCUUCGUCAGAAUUGAGGGCUUUUGCUUCCAUUUAUUUUGGGGUGAAAGCUGGGAUGAAGAGAAAAGGAGGCACAUUGUAAAUGUGUUUUUGGAGGGAGUUUGUCUUGUUUUGUGUUAAAACUACCCAUGAAAUGUUGUUUUUUUUUAUGUGCUUUGGAUUUUGCAGCUCUGGGUCAUUUUCCCCUUUCACUGAUUUGUUCCUCCAUUUUGUAUGGUUUCCUGUUUUCUGCCUGUAAACAAAUUUCUGCCUGUAAACAUUACCUUGACCAACCCCAGUUGGUCAAGGUAAUGCCAAUAAAUAAAGACCAAAAUAAUUAUAAUUGACCUAUUAAUGAUGGAUAUUUUUCCUAGUAAAGUCAUAAAAUAGCUUCUUCUUACAUAAGACCGUAGGAAGAAUUUAGAAAAUGUUACCAGAUUUAAUACGGGAACAAAAUAUCACAAUAUCAAAAUAUCAUAUAAAUGCACAUGGUUGGUAUGAAACAUCUCAUGGCAGCGAUAUCAUGUUACCCAGAAAAAUGGGAAUGAACAAUCAAAACUACUAAACAAAGAUGGGGGGAAAUGACCAGUGCCUGGGUCAGCUGCUAAAAAAAUGUGUCCAAAAACUAUUUGAUUUUGUGGUCUUGCUUAGAAAAGGGCCGCAUCUAAAGUCAAUACGAAAACUCUUGUUGGAUGUUGAAGAAAAAGUAUUGUAUGAAAGAAUUUAGUGGUUUAUUGUGGUCUGUUUGCUCGUCUUUUUUCUGUGUUUAUGCACAUUUUUUAUUUUUUUUUAAAUGACUGUUUCCUCUAUAUUUGUUCAAAUAUUUGGAGCCUCAAAACUGACUAAACCAAGUUGGCUAUUGAAUUAAGAAAGAUAUUACACAAACGUAAUAAUUUGUAUGUUUGCUGUUUGUCUGCCUUAACCUAUCAUAUUUAUAGUUCUCAUAUACUAUUCAUAAUAUAGAAAUUAGUCUUGUAUUAUAAUUAAAAUUAUACUAUUCAAUUAUAGCAGAAGAUUGACUUCUGUUAUAAUAAAGAAUAUUUAGAAUUAAAUUAGUGAAGAGGCAAAAUUAUGCAUAUUAAAAUUACUUUAAUACUACAUGUAGAUUAAAAGGGAAAAAAUAUGCUAAUUUGAUUUGACAUCAUUUAGAAUCACAAUCAAAAUUUACUAAUUAUACAUAUAAUUUCUGUUGUAAUUUCCCAAUGAUUGGUAGAAACAAAACUAAAAUGAGGUAAAUGGCAAAAUAAUAAAAACAAAGCCUUAGUUUUAAUGUGAUUGUGCACUUAAAUCUAGCUAAACACCCCUGAAAGUCAGCAGUGGUAAAUGCUAAUUUUGUUCAUUAGCGUCUUAGCUGAAAUGUUGACAGCAGUGCUAAUGUUAGCGCUGCAGCAGUUCAGAAGGAUACAGCUGGACAGUACUUGUAAUGUUUUAAUAGCUUUUUAUACUUAUGUUUUGUCAUUAAUCUGCUAGGAUGAGACACUUUCCUACUUUCUAAUAGGCCUGAUCAACCUCAAAAUACAUAGCAGCAUGAUUUUGGGGAUCAUGUUCAAAAAGAGAGAAGAGAUUUAGUUUUGUCAGCUUUGGAGCUCCUUUGACAACUACAAUUUUUUUUUUUUUUUACAUGAGAACCUUUGAUUAGCUGCUUUAAGAUUGUAUAUCUCAUCCAAACCCCUCAUUGCCCCUCAGCCAAUACCACCAUAUUUAAAUCUAUAUAUACCCUCAAGUGUAUUUCCAGUACUUAUUGCUACCACAGCAUU